UGAAAACUCCAAUGUUCAAUAUCUGCCAAUGCAAGAAAAGUCUUAACAUAAGGUUUACUUGGGAGUUGGGACUCUACUUAAAGGACCAAGUAGAAGCAGAAUAUUAACAGCUGAAUCAAUAACAAUAUCAAGAAAAAUGGCUGAGGAAAACAAAGUAAUUCUACACGGAACAUGGGGUAGCGUUUUUGUUAAGAGAGUAGAACUGGCUCUCAAAAUCAAAGGCAUAGCUUAUGAGUAUGUUGAAGAAGAUUUGAGCAACAAGAGUCCCCACCUCCUCAAGUACAAUCCUGUUCUCAAGAAGGUCCCUGUGCUUGUUCACGAUGAUAAACCUGUUUCAGAGUCGCUUGUCAUUCUUGAAUACAUCGAUGAAACCUGGAAGACCGGACCUAGAAUAUUGCCACAAGAUCCCUAUGAAAAAGCCAUAGUUCGUUUCUGGGCUAAUUACAUAGAUCAGCAUCUUAUCCCCAGCACGGCUAAGUUGUGGAAGUCAACUGGAGAAGAACAAGAGAAGGCUCUAGAGGAAGUGUUGGAGAAAAUAAGAAUUGUGGAAGAGGGAAUUCCUGUAAUCCAUGGAAAUGAAUUGGGGAUCUUACAAAUCUUGCUGGUUACAACAUUUGGAUCUCAUAAAGCAUAUGAAGACGUCCUUGGUGUGAAGAUUUUGGUUCCAGAAAACACCCCACUACUUUGUUCCUGUGUGACAAGUUUAAACGAGUUGCCACCGGUGAAAGAAAUUUGUCCCCCUUAUGAUAUGCUGCUGUCAAAGCUCAAAAUCUAUAGGCAAAAUGCCUUAAAAUCCACCACCCAAUGAGCUACUGAUUUUCUGGAAGAAAAUACUUGUGAGCUUGCAAACAUGUCUACUGUGUUUUUUUUAUUUAAAGAAAAAACAUUAUUGUUACAUAGGGGGAGGGGAAUAGUGAGAAUUGAAUCUGCACCUACUGCGUGAAAAUUCUGUCAGUACCACUAGACUAUAAGUGUUAGUGGUAACCUUCGUAAAAUUAAAUAGUCUAAAUAAUUCCCAGCCACAAGAGUCGUGUGGAUUCUGCUUGUAAUAAGGUCUAUGACCACGCUUGAGAUCAUUUGUGAAAUGUUAUAUUUCAAAUUUCUGAAACCA